AUGGAGCACAAAAUAUUCACAGUGACAGGCCUGGUCUGUGGCUUUGUUUUCUUUCUUCUACCGCUGCACUCCGCCUAUGGAGACGUGAGCUAUUCUUUUCCGGAGGAGAUGAAACGAGGAUCUGUUAUUGGAAAUAUAGCCAAGGAUCUCGGGCUGGAGGCGAGCAGACUGUCCGCUCGUAAGGCCCGUAUUGAUACCGAAGGAAACCAAAAACGGUAUUGUGACAUUAAUCUGAGUACCGGAGAUUUGAUUGUUGCUGAAAGGAUUGACAGAGAGGGGCUUUGUGGCAAUAAGGCUUUGUGCGUUUUAAAACAGGAACUUGUAUUGGAAAAUCCUUUGGAGCUGCAACGUAUUAGCCUUCAUGUUCAAGAUAUUAAUGACAACUAUCCACAAUUUAACGAGGAGAUGAUAGAUAUGGAAAUAUGGGAAUCUGCAGCUAAAGGCACUCGAUUCUCAUUGGAGGAGGCUCAUGACGCGGAUAUAGGACAGAACUCGGUUCAAAGAUACACACUUGAAAGGAAUGUCAAUUUCGUUUUGAUUGUAGAUAGUCAUACUGUGGAUCUUGUUCUAGAGAAGGAGCUUGAUCGAGAACAAAAGCAGGAUGUUAAAUUAUUGCUUACAGCUGUAGACGGAGGCUCUCCGCAGAGAUCAGGUACUGUACUCAUACACGUCACUGUACUGGAUGCUAACGAUAACGCCCCAGUGUUUAGCCAGGCCGUCUAUAAAGCCAGUCUGCCUGAAAACUCUCCUUUAGAUACUGUAGUGGUUACAGUGAGUGCUGCGGAUGCAGAUGACGGAGCAAAUGGGGAGAUCACGUAUGACUUCGUUCAUGUUUCAGAAGACGUAAAGAACAUAUUUUCUAUCGACCGUAAAACAGGAGACAUACGAGUUAUUGGCACUAUAGAUUUUGAAGAAUUUUCAUCAUUUGAAUUGCGAAUCAAAGCUAAGGAUGGUUUAGGGUUAGCAUCAUAUUCUAAAGUCAUAAUAGACAUCACAGAUGUUAAUGACAACGCUCCUGUGAUAUAUCUACAAUCUCUGACUAACCCCAUACCCGAGAACGCGUCACCUGGUACAGAGGUGGGCAUCAUUAACGUGCAGGAUAGAGACUCUGAAAAUAACCGACAGGUCCGCUGCUCCAUUCAGCAAAACCUCCCCUUUAAGCUGGUGCCAUCCAUCAAAAACUACUAUUCUCUGGUGACCACGGGCGAACUGGACCGAGAACUGGUGUCUGAUUACAACAUUACAAUCACUGCCACCGACGAGGGCUCUCCACCUCUGUCCUCCUCUAAAAGUGUUCAGUUAUCUGUAGCUGACGUUAACGACAACCCACCUGUGUUUGAGGAACAGUCCUAUAAAGCCCACGUGACUGAAAAUAACAAACCCGGUUCCUCCGUGUGUUCCGUUACUGCACGCGACCCAGACUGGAGACAGAACGGCACAGUGAUGUAUUCUCUCUUUCCCGGUGAGGUGAACGGUGUCCAAGUGUCCUCGUUUUUAUCCAUUAACGGAGACACGGGGGUGAUCCACGCUGUGAAGUCGUUUGAUUAUGAGCAAUUCAGGAGUUUUAAAGUCCACGUGGUGGCAAGAGACAACGGUUCUCCUCCACUCAACAGCAACGUCACGGUCAGUGUGUUCAUAACGGAUGUGAAUGACAACUCUCCUCAGAUACUAUACCCCGCCCCGGAGGGAAAAUCCUUCAUGACUGAACUGGUCCCCAAAGCUGCGCACGAGGGCUCUCUGGUUUCCAAGGUGAUAGCGGUGGACUCGGACUCCGGCCAGAACGCCUGGCUGUCCUAUCAUAUAGUCAAAUCCACUGAUCCAGGACUUUUCACUAUUGGUCUCCACAGCGGAGAGAUCAGGACACAGCGGGACAUUUCUGAAUCUGACAGCAUGAAACAGAACCUCAUUGUGUCAGUGAAAGAUAACGGACAGCCCUCUCUCUCUGCCACCUGUACCAUGUAUUUAGUGAUUUCUGAUAACUUGGCUGAAGUGCCAAAACUGAAAGACAUCUCUUAUGAUGAAAACAAUUCCAAACUCACCUCUUAUCUGAUCAUCGCGCUGGUGUCCGUUUCCACCUUUUACUUCACCUUCAUCAUUGUCAUCCUAACCGUGAAGUUUUGCCGCAGGAGAAAGCCCAGACUGUUGUUUGACGGAACGGUCGCCAUCCCCAGCACGUAUCUCCCUCCCAACUACCCAGAGCUGGAUGGCGCUGGAACUCUCCGCAGCACAUACAAUUAUGACGCAUACCUGACGACAGGCUCGCGCACAAGUGACUUCAAGUUCGUCAGAUCUUCCAAUGACAACACGCUGCUUGUGGACCAGACUCUGAGAACAACACCAACAAUCUUUGCUGAAGCAUUUGAUGACUCCCAGGGGUCCCCAGAGGUGAGGGUAGUGGGUCAAGUGGACUAUGAGGAGGCGAGUGCGCCUGAGGUAGAUGUCCAAGCUAAAGAUGGCGGGGGUCAGGCGUCACCCUGUAAACUCAUAAUUGAAGUGAUUGAUGUGAAUGACAUUGAGCCUGUGAUAGCUGUGAAAUCUGCCUCCGCUAUGGUGGCCGAGGAUUCUCAACCUGGUACCAUGGUUGCUUUGCUAAACAUGCAUGACCUGGACACUGGAAAUGGCGGCCGGGUCAAGGAUUAUGUUACACCAACAACCUACAGUGAUUAUGUUACACCAACAACCUACAGUGAUUAUGUUACACCAACAACCUACAGUGAUUAUGUCACACCAACAACCUACAGUGAUUAUGUCACACCAACAACCUACAGGGAUUAUGCCACACCAACAACCUACAGUGAUUAUGUUACACCAACAACCUACAGUGAUUAUGUCACACCAACAACCUACAGUGAUUAUGUUACACCAACAACCUACAGUGAUUAUGUUACACCAACAACCUACAGUGAUUAUGUCACACCAACAACCUACAGUGAUUAUGUCACACCAACAACCUACAGUGAUUAUGUUACACCAACAACCUACAGUGAUUAUGUCACACCAACAACCUACAGUGAUUAUGUUACACCAACAACCUACAGUGAUUAUGUCACACCAACAACCUACAGUGAUUAUGUCACACCAACAACCUACAGGGAUUAUGCCACACCAACAACCUACAGUGAUUAUGUUACACCAACAACCUACAGUGAUUAUGUCACACCAACAACCUACAGGGAUUAUGUCACACCAACAACCUACAGUGAUUAUGUCACACCAACAACCUACAGUGAUUAUGUCACACCAACAACCUACAGUGAUUAUGUCACACCAACAACCUACAGUGAUUAUGUCACACCAACAACCUACAGUGAUUAUGUCACACCAACAACCUACAGUGAUUAUGUCACACCAACAACCUACAGUGAUUAUGUCACACCAACAACCUACAGUGAUUAUGUCACACCAACAACCUACAGUGAUUAUGUCACACCAACAACCUACAGUGAUUAUGUCACACCAACAACCUACAGUGAUUAUGUCACACCAACAACCUACAGUGAUUAUGUCACACCAACAACCUACAGUGAUUAUGUCACACCAACAACCUACAGUGAUUAUGUCACACCAACAACCUACAGUGAUUAUGCCACACCAACAACCUACAGUGAUUAUGCCACACCAACAACCUACAGUGAUUAUGCCACACCAACAACCUACAGUGAUUAUGCCACACCAACAACCUACAGUGAUUAUGUCACACCAACAACCUACAGUGAUUAUGUUACACCAACAACCUACAGUGAUUAUGCCACACCAACAAUCUACAGUGAUUAUACCACACCAACAACCUACAGUGAUCAUUUUACACCAACAACCUACAGUGAUUAUGCCACACCAACAACCUACAGUGAUUAUGCCACACCAACAACCUACAGUGAUUAUGCCACACCAACAACCUACAGUGAUUAUGCCACACCUACAACCUACAGUGAUUAUGCCACACCAACAAUCUACAGUGAUUAUGCCACACCAACAACCUACAGUGAUUAUGUCACACCAACAACCUACAGUGAUUAUGCCACACCAACAACCUACAGUGAUUAUGUCACACCAACAACCUACAGUGAUUAUGUCACACCAACAACCUACAGUGAUUAUGCCACACCAACAACCUACAGUCAUGUGAUCAGGAAACACUCCUGGGCCUAA